CCCUCCUUCUACAUUAUUAAUUGUUGUUGUUAGGAUUUAACAUCACAAUUCUUCUAUUGCUUCCAAAUACUGAGAGCUUAUUUCUGACUUACCACAGUACCAAACCGAAGAUGGCUGAGACUGUCCUUAGUGUUGUUGCUGAGGAAAUACUAGGCAGGCUGAUUUCACUUGCUACUGAGCAGAUCAGCCUUGCUUGGGGUUUCAAAGAUGAGCUGACACGGCUUCGUGACUCAUUAACCACGAUUCAAGCUGUGUUGGCUGAUGCAGAGAGAAGGCCAGUGAGAGAAGAGUUUGUGAGGCUUUGGUUGCAGAGGCUUAAAGAUGUUGCUUAUGAUGCUGAUGAUGUCCUGGACGAGCUUGCUUACGAGAUUCUCAAGCGAAAGGUGGAGAUCCGAAAUCAAAUGAAGAGAAAGGUAUGCUUCUUCUUUUCAUUUUCAAAUCCCAUUGCAUUUCGUUGCAAGAUGGCCAACAAAGUUAAGACUAUUGUUGAAUCGCUAAAGAGAAUUAAUGAUGAAGCAAAUCAAUAUCGACUUACUAGAGUCGAAUUAGUAAAUGCCAAUCCUGAGAUUAUCCCAAGCCACCGAGAGACUGACUCCUCUCUUGAUCAUUCUGAAGUUGUAGGAAGGAAAGAUCUUGUCUCAGAAAUAGUAGAGUUGUUGCUUCAUGCAGCCAAUGAACGACUUUCAGUCAUUCCUAUAGUAGGAAUGGCAGGUUUGGGAAAAACAACUCUAGCAAAAUUAGUGUACAAUCAUGAGUCAGUAAAAAAACAUUUUGAUAAGACAAUGUGGGUAUGUGUCUCCAAUGAGUUUGAAGAUAAAAAGAUUUUAGAAGAGAUUCUUGAAUCCCUUACUUGUAAUUCAAGUUCAUUACAAAAUAAGAACACAAUACUUGAAUGCCUUCAAAAAGAGUUACAAGGUCAAAAAUAUAUUCUCGUACUUGAUGAUGUAUGGAAUGAAGAUCUUGUGAAAUGGGAGACUUUAAGGAGUUCUCUGAUAGGAAUGAACUUGAAUGUGGGAAAUAGUAUUAUUGUAACAACUCGUAGUGACAAGGUGGCUGAAAUUAUGGGGACAUUUCCUCUACGUCACUUGGAAAAACUAUCAGAAGAUGAAUGUUGGUCCAUAAUUAGGAAAAAAGUAUCUCUUAAUGAAAAAAUUCCACUAACUCCAAAUUUGGAGGCUAUUGGAAAGGAGAUCGCAAAAAAAUGUGGUGGGGUUCCAUUACUCGCGAGAGUUUUAGGAGGGAUGAUGUAUUGUAAAAAGGAGGAAAGUGAAUGGUUGGCAAUUCAAAAUAGUAGUGUUUGGAAUUCCCUAAUUGAUAGCAAUGGAAUCUUAUCCAUACUAAAAUUAAGCUUCGAUCAUCUUUAUUCACCAUCUCUAAAAAGAUGUUUCACAUAUUGUGCAAUUUUUCCUAAAGAUUAUGAAAUGGGAAAGGAAGAACUAGUUCAACAUUGGAUGGCUGAAGGGUUCCUCCAACCAACUCAGGAACAUUUUUCACCAGAGGAUAAAGGUUUCAAGUAUUUCGAUAUUUUAUUGGCAAAUUCCUUAUUCCAAGAUAUAAAAAGGGAUAAUUAUGGUGAUCUUGUAAGCUGCAAGAUGCAUGAUCUUGUGCAUGAUCUUGCCCUCUCAAUUUCAAAAGGGGAAACCUUGCAUUUAGAUGACACAGUGGGAAAUGACACUGAGUUGUCUCAUAUCCGACGUUUAUCUAUUAUAUGCAAUGACCAAACAACACCAACAAUCCUACAAUCUAGAGAUGUCAUGGGUAGAUUGCGCACAAUUUAUUCUAUUGAUGCUAAUCUUGGUGACAAGUUAUUGGAAUUAAAAUGUGUACGUAGUCUAUCUUUAUCUGGGCGACAUGUAGACAAGUUGCCCAAGUCAAUUGGUGAGUUAAGACAUUUGAGGCUUCUUCGCAUUGAUCAUACCAACAUCAACGUAUUACCCAAUUCUGUUACUAAGCUCUAUAACUUACAAACUCUAAUAAUCAAGUCUUGUCAUCUUCUUAAAGAGCUUCCAAAUGAUCUACAAAAUUUGAUUAGCUUGAGACAUAUUGAUAUUGAUCAUCUGUAUAUAAAACAAUUACCAAUCAAUAUGGGGCGGUUGACUUCCCUUCAAACGUUGCCUUUCUUUGUUAUCGGUCAAGACGCUGGUCAUCGAAUUGAAGAAGUGGGAUGCUUGAGCCAACUCAGAGGAGGAUUAAGUAUUUACAAUUUGGAGCAUGUGAGAGAUAAAGAAGAAGCCAAAACUGCAAAUUUAGUGGGAAAGGCAGGAGUGCAGAAGUUGGGAUUCUAUUGGAGUAGAUUCUAUUGGAAUAGUGAAAGGGAUGGAAACAAUAAUGAUGAGGAUGUACUGGAAGGCCUUCAACCUCACCCAAGUUUGAAAAGCUUAGAGAUUGAAAAUUUCGAGGGUGAGAAGUUCCCUUCAUGGAUAUUGGCACGUGAUAACAGUAGUGGUGGUUUGUUUGUUUUGGACCAUCUGUUGGAAAUUCGUUUAGAAAACUGUAACAUGUGCAACAAGCUUCCUACACUUGGGCAUUUACCCCGUCUCAAGGUUCUUCAAAUAGAGAGUAUGGAUAACGUGAAAUGUAUAGGAACAGAAUUUUACAUUAAUUAUGGUGGUGAGAGAUCAAGUAAUAGUGGAGGUGGUAGUGGCAGAAAUGUGGUGUUCCCAGCUUUGAAAACACUUGUUUUGAAGUAUUUGCCCAAUCUAGUGGAAUGGAAGGACGCAAUGGAGUUGACAACAAUAGAAACGGUGUUUCCUUGCCUUGAGGAGUUGACCAUUACAUGUGGUCAAUUGACAAGUGCUCCAUAUCAUUUUCCGUCUCUUAAGAAGUUAGAUAUUUCUGCAAUCAAAAGCACGGCAUUCGAAAAGAUUAUCAGCAAGCUUACCGCUCUCACCUCCCUCCAAAUUUGGGAUAUUUCAGAACUUGUUUGUUUGCCAGAGCAGUUGUUGCAGAAUAAUAGGAGUCUCAUGUCUAUACACAUAUAUGAUUGUUCUGAUUUGGUUUCCAUCUCGCUGCAUCAAGAUGCAACCUCUCUCCAAUCAUUCAGAAUAAGAGGAUGUAUGAAAUUGAGUGAAUUGUCGAACGCACCGCUCACCCUUCCUUCUCUUGAGACGUUUGAAGUAAGUGAUUCUCCUAAUUUGAGAUCCUUUCCAAGUCUACAAGGUGCGGGGUCCCUUCUCCGAAGUCUGGAAAUAACGUGUGGUGACGAAGUUCUACCGACUGCGUUACAAUCCUGCACGUCGCUUUCAAGUUUGCGUAUAAAUGAGUGUCCAAAUCUUAUAUUAAUUCCAGAGCUACGAAAAUUGCAUUCUCUUACGGUGUUAAAAAUUUGCGAUUGUCCUAAUCUGAAAUCAAUUCCAGAUCUAGGAGAAUUGCAUUCUCUUUCAAGUCUAAGCAUUUUCCGUUGCCAAACGUUAAAGUUAACGUGUUUGCCAAAGGAGUUAGAGUGCGUCACCCGCUUAAAGGGUUUGGCGAUCGGUGGGUUUUGUGAAGAGUUGGAUGCGUUCCCCAGUCUCAGUUCCAUCCAACACUUGCACACGUCCCUUGUAUCACUAGUAUUGUAUGGGUGGGCUAAACUCAACUCUCUCCCGGACGAAAUACAACACUUCACUUCACUUGAAUAUCUGUCCAUAAACAACUUUGAUGGACUGGAAGCUUUGCCUGAGUGGUUGUGCGACUUUUCUUCUCUUCAAAGACUGGAUCUUAAUUGCUGCAAGAACCUGAUGUAUCUGCCCACAUCGCAAGCCAUGCAACGCCUCACUAAAUUACGAUCAUUGUGGAUUAUUUCUUGUCCCAAAUUAAAGGAAAGAUGUGCAAGAGGUAGCGGGGCAGAGUGGUCCAAAAUCGCCCAUAUUCCAAUUGUCCAACGUUUUUGAGUGUUUUCCCAAAAUAUGUUUCCUGGCACUACGGUGAAGUAAUUAAUCUCAUGGAAUGUCAAUCCACUCCCUAGAAAUCGAUGGAUAAUAUUUUUAUACCAAAGGGUAGCUGCGCAGAUUUGUCCACAGAUUUAAUGUUAUUAAAGAGGAAGCAACUUGAGUGGCAUUGGGGAUGACAUUUCUAUUGUGCAUAGCUGGAGGAAAAAUCAAUCAACUAAUUCACUCUCAACUGUGAGAGCUAACAAUAGUUCAUAAGAGCUGAUAUUUUACUGUUGCCAUUGAAAGGAAGGAUGUGCUGUGGGAAAAAGAGCUCUAUGGGUCCUUUUUUUCUAUUAAAUGAAAAUGGAAAGUUUGAACAGCCAACAGAUAGCAUCUUAUAGUUAUCCAUUGAUAUUUUACUGUCACCAUUGAAAGGAAGAAUGUGCUGUGGGAAAAAGAGCUCGACGGGUCCAAGAAUGUCUGUAUUAAAUGAAAAUAGAAAGUUUGAACACCCAACAGAUAGCAUCUUAUAGUUAUCCACUGGUAGCACUUGGCCAUUCUUGUGAACUAGCCACUUGUAGUUUCUGAUUCGGCGGACCUUUCUUUUCCAAUGUCACGGACACUUUACAGAUCAUCCAUUUUGGAGCCCAAUUGGCCAACAAUGGAAUCUCCUAGCAAAGCAAUAAGCAUGUGACCAUAAUUCUGGAUGCUCUUGAUUAUGCAAAUGUUCAUACGAUAGAUCCUAAUCACUUGCAUAUAAGGUAAUGGACCUUUCUCUAUAAACUAAAACAAUUGGCUAUUAUUUGAUAUUUAUAGCACAAUAUGGUUUUGUAACUCAUGACUAAGAGUCAAACUCUUUUAAAAAUUUUAGUCACUCAUGAUCAGUAUUGACAUAAGUAGUUUAAAUAACCAUGGUCUUGAUUGAUUCUAAUGACUUCUGUCAUGAUUUUGAAAAAUGUAAGAAGCACAGCUUAUGCUCCAAGCAUGGGUAAAUUCUGAUUCUUGCCAAUGAGUUCUGUCUUUGGUUAUAGAGGAUGCUAACAAAAAACAUAUCACAAAGGUUCUACCUGGUGUCUCACUCCUUGAAACAUUGGACAGACGAUGAGCUCUAGCUCGACUGGCACUUCGUCUUCUAAGGGAAGGGUGAGGUUCUCCCUUAGGUAUAUCUGGAAUCUAUGAGAAGAAAUUCCAAAUGUAUGACUGAAUUCUAAGAUUGUCAUUAGGUCAACUGGAGUCAUAUUGUAUAUGUAUUUGCAAGUCUUGAUUGCUGCACUAUACUUGGAAACACCAUCAGUAAUGCAUUAGGUGACCUUUGCAUUGGAUGCUCUAGAUCAAGCAUACAUUCAGAGGAUAGUUCCUAAUUGCUUGCAUAUAAGGCACUUGAGGAAAUUUAUCUAUUCUUUCUGGCUGGAGAAAUAAUUUAUUAUAGAUGGGAGCUGAUGAAAGUUGAUUAAAGUUGAAGGCCCUCAUAUUUUGUCCAAAUAGAGAAAAAGGAAAAUUCUCUUCAAGUUCUGCACCCACAAUGUACUUAUGAUUUCAAGAAGCCGGUCUGUUCCCUUACAAUAUGCUGCUGAUUUUUUGUUUCCCUCAUUUAAAAGAGGGAUAUGCCAAGGGAAAUGGUCCCUAGUAUACCUGGAUAGAGAAAUCAUAAAAAGCAAGUGAUAAGUCCCUCCAAACUUGAAAAUUCAUUAGUGCAGGAAACAUGUUCAGGUGCUCUCCUUUGGAAAGGGACUGGCUGCCUUUUUCUAAAGGACUUCUUUGCCAUUUACUGGUAUUCUUACAUGUCUGGAUGGGUUUAUGGACAUAGCAAUGGUGCAAACAUAAGAAAAUGUCAAAGGGAAGUUGAAAAUUAACUACGGUGAUGUCUUCAUUCGCAGAAAUAAUGUUCUCUACAUUAGUAUAAGUCAUGUAGAUCAUCAGCAAUCAUGCUUUUAAUUAAGAUAGUGGAUUUUGGAAAUGAGGAUUGGAAGAUCUUCUCCAAUGGAAUGAGCUAUCAUAUGUUUGAUUGAAGAGUAAUGCCUUAUUACUAUUGUGAUGAAUGGUAUCAUUGAUUUAACCGUGUGAUCAAUGAUGAUGAUGAUGAUGAUUGUUGAGUUGGUGGCUUGACAAUGUGAACACCCUUUCCAAAUAACGUUACUAUGGUGGACGAAAUUCAGCCACGUAGAAAUCGAGUUUAUAAGACUCGAAAUCUGCACAAUAUAUCAAUCUGAUGCUUUUAAACACUCUCUCAGUUCAAACACCCUCUCACUCAGUCUCUCAGUUCAAACACUCGGUCUCUCAAACACUCUCUCUCAGUCUCUCAAACACUCUCACUCAAACACUCAAAUCAGUCAUCCUCAACCCCUCAGCGUGCAACAAAAAUCACCCUCACCCUCAAACGCUCUCUUUUUCCUCACAAUCGGCUUCAGACUUGAAAAUCCCAUACCUUGAAAAUCCCUUUUCCUCACAAUCGGCUUCACCCUCACCCAUACCUUGAAAAUCCCUUUUGUCCUUACCAACGGAAGUUCAAAUUUUUUCAAGUUUGAAGGUCGUUUACAGUCAGAUUUCCAAUCUGACUGCUGUUAUUGGUCAGGAUAUUGGCAAGCAGUCCAGCUUCUGCAUUAGGGAUUGGAAUACUGACUGGGAUUGAGCCUUUAAUUUUUCAACCAACUUGGAUUUCUUAGCUUCUUGCAUCCAGAAGACUAAUGGUUAACAUCUCUAUAUCUUCAUCUAUUCAUGGUGGUUUUCACUCUCCUACAGGAGACAUUACACAUCGCUUGUGUUCAGUAGUAGAAUUGAAGUUUUACUUCAAUAGUUUCUUUGAAAGAUCUGGGAGUACCAAUUACUUGAAACCUAAUAAGAACUGUAAUUUAACCUCAUGGGUAAAAGGCUGUGAGCUGGGAUGGGCUUGUAGUGUUGGCUCAAAUCAGAAGGUUAACCUAAAUGAUUCAAAGGUCAUCCCCGCAAGAACACUCAACUGUCAGGCUUGUUGUGAGGGUUUCUUCUGCCCUCAUGGUCUUACCUGCAUGAUUCGGAAUCCAAACCAUACUUGUGGAGGAGCAAAUAUUUGGGCUGAUGUUGGUAGUAGCAAUGAGUUAUUCUGUUCAGCUGGAUCAUAUUGUCCAAGUACCACCAGCAGACAGACUUGCACUAGUGGACAUUACUGCAGGAUGGGUUCUACAUCUGAGAAAAGGUCAUCCAAAUGUGAAGGCCAUCCAUUCAUCUAAAGGUGUUGGUGAGCCUCGAUUUUUUUCUGGCGUCGGCUGUCUUUUUUGCCAUCAAAGAUGCCAUUACAGCUUCAAGAGCAGAAGUGGGUUGUAAUGACUGGUUUGCUCUGGUUAAUCCCGUAACACCCGAACGCAUCCGGAUGGCUUGUUUGGAUGAGUUGACUGCACCAUUUAUAUGUCUAUUGUAAAGUUUACUUGUCUUUAACAUAGUGGUUACAAAAUAAAAUGAAAUAAACUGACUUUGCCAGUCAAGGAAGAGCAAGGGGAACGCCCUUUUUGUAAGUUAAAUAAUGGUAUUCUCAUUAUUUACUAUGGUACAAGAUGUACUUACAUCAGCACAAUUAAAGGAUCUCAACUUAAAAGAUGUACUUAAAUUUUGUUUCUAGAAAAAAUAUUGUAAUUUCAUUGCUAAUUGCU